AUGGCCAAAUUUCAUCGAGCAGAAAUACAACUAAAGGUCAGUUGAGUUUUCAAACUUCUUGCAAAUUCAAAAAUUUUUUUUUUCAAAAUGAAAGCGGCAUGGAUCACGAGAAAAACAAAAUUUGAACUCAAUUUAUUUAAGGAAUUGAUAAUAGUGAAAAAUUCGAAAAAAAAAGUUAGUUUUCCUCAUUCCAUGUACAAAGUCCUUGCAAUGGUUUCUGAAGAAAAAAUUUAAAAUUUUCCCGAAUGUUUUGAAGCCCAGAGCAGUUCUCCGUUUUUUUUUUUGAAGGCCACGCAAGAAUUUUGCGCAUUUUAAAAACUCGGCAUCAAUGAAAAAUGCUGAAUAAUUUGUAACAUAAAAAACAAGACUCUUCAUAAAGAUAAGUACUAUCUCACAGUAGAGAUUGAUCAGAAAAAAAAGAUUUCAAAAAAGGAAAAACAAAGUUCAGAAAAAGCACAAGUUCAUUUUGGACUUUCAUAAACUGUAGAAACAAACUGUUACAAUUUUGAACGAUAAACGAUGGAGAUUUCGCAGUUUCACCUCGGCGUCGUGGGGAAAUGCGUGGGGAGAGAAGAAUGACCGGUCAGGCCGAACUGACCGCUCAUUCUUUGAUUUUGGGCCUAGACUCGCCGGUAAAAACAAUGUUACUUGUUAGGUAUCAUGUUACCUUGGAUUGUUAUAUUUCCAACGCCUGUUUCGUGGUUACCUAUUUUUCAAGUUUUUUGGCGUUUUUAUUCAAAGGACUUCACUUAAAAAGAGUUUAGUGUCAUUUGACGGUUCUGUCAGACCCAUCAAGUAUUGGUAUCUCUUUCCGAGAUCAAAAGUUGUUCUUUUGAUCUCUGUAGGUUUCGCAGUCACUUCAUUGAUUUGAAAUUUCACUCUCGAUUUCUUCUCGUUUAAAGUUUUUUUUUCUAUAAUUUUUCCCAUUUGAGUUCAAUCUAAUCAAUUAAAAAAUUCUCAACUUGUUAUAUUCGGAGUAUUUUUAUAUAUUUGGGGAUUUUUGCUAGUUUUUAGUCUUUGAAAUCCUUUUCGUAGCUAUUUUCAAGAGUGAAAUUCGUUUUCUUUUUAAUUAGUUCGAUACUGUUAAGAACUUCGUUUACUUGAAAUCUGUCCGUGAAAACUAUCAUUUUUUGUAAUUUUCAUUAUCUCUUUCGAAAUGAAUUUAGUUUCAAAGCCCCUUCAAGUAAUUAGAACUUUGAUCCAUUUUACGUUUACGUUUCGUAAAAGUUCGUGCAAAAGGCUUCUGAGUGAUUUAUUUUGACCUUAAGAAGGUUUUGUAAAAUCUUGAGGGUUCAGAGUAGCUCGCCUCCCUCACGCAUGUUUCUUUAUCUCGUUCAUUAUUAUCGAUCCAGGACACAUCUAAAAUCUUCCAGUCGAAUGGAGGUUAGAAUUAAGGAUUGACAUCAAGUAUAGUUUUAGGAUAUGAGUUUUUAUGAAAAUAUUUUUGUACCAUGUACCUCGGGCAAAGUCGGAAUGGUGGGUAAAAGCGAAAGGAAGCAAAGAGACUCCCUUUAUCGAGCCUUCCAUUUUUCUGGGAUUUUAAAGGCUUGAGAAAUGGUGGAGAAAGGGAGAGGCAACAAAAAUGGUGCAUAAGGGCUGAGAAAAUGGUGCAAAAAGGCAGAAAAAAGAGAGCCUUCAUCACCCUAAAAGGAACAUUUCUAUGGUCCUUUAUGGACCUUCGGAGGGUCCUUCCGACUUUGCCUAUGACGCUAGAAAAACUAUGUUUAAUUUGUUCAAAAAACCGUUGUAAGGAAUCUUCAAAAACAAAAAAGUUUUUUCUGUUAGGUCUCAUUGAAAACCUUGAAAUUCUGAUCUUGUUUGAAUUCGAUAAAAAAAUUUGAGCCCUCACAAAUGGGCGCUUCUGAAGACCCAUUUUUUUUUUAAAAUCAUAACGUGCUGUUUAUAAAUGACCUUAGCUGUGCUGUUGUGAUGAUGAUAAAAUAGAGGUAUCAGCAUUAUUGAAACUUUUUUUUUCAACGCUUUUAAAGAAGUUUAGCUCAUUUUUUUUGUUUGCUUACAGACAGGUCGGUGGCGUGGAGGAAAAGAAUCAGUAAAUUUAUAUUUGCUUCAAAAAAGAAAAUCAAGUUUUUUAAUUCGAACAUUGUAUAGUUGAUGAAAAUUCAAACGUUUAUUUAACAAAAUCAAUAUGUGAAACGGUUCAUCACCGUUGUCCUCUUCUCCGAGUUUUCUUGAGAUUUUUUAUUCAAAACCAGGCAAUGAAAACUUUUUUCAAAAAUAGGUUCUGGCUUGAAGUCUUUUUCUCCAGAAAAAAACAGCCUUUUCAAGGUUUUCGAAUGUUGCCAUUAAAUUUUUGGAAAAAGGACUGGAAAACCUCUACACCGUUCAUUUGAGCAUGCAGGGAUCUUCGCACUUUUUCCAACUUGUGUUCAAACUCAAGUUCAAAUAAUCAACUCAGAAGCUACCGUACCAUGAAGACCAGCAAAGGACACAAUCUCCGCCCUUUCACGGUAUCGCCUCUAGUCGUCUGCGCGUCCAGCUUAACGGUCUUGAGAUCCACAGUCUCUCGUUGCCCUCUUCAGGUGCCCCUUAAAAGGCCGGCCAUGAUCCCGGAAUCCGCCACCUUUUAUCAGAAGCGGCGGAGAUGCUUCUCCGUUGGCUAGCCCUCGUCUUGGGAAUCCUCCUUUUCGGUAAAUUUACUUAGGGACCGCAGACGAAUUUUCAAAAAAUUUUUUUCAGCAUCGAGCUUUGUAUGGUUUGAUAGCUGUUUCGAUUCAAAACUCAGAACCGUUUAGUUUUUCGAAAAAGAUUGAGGAUGAAAAAAGUUAUGACGAAAAAUGUGGCGCGCCGCGCACCAUUUUUUUAGUACUGAAAUUUUAGUAUUAUUCAUUUUUGACAUUUUUCUCGAUUUUUCUUCUAGAAAAAGUUUUGAUACUGGUCUAUUAUGAUGUAACAAAUCAUAAUAGAGUGCUAAAAUGAUGCUAAUCAGCUAUUUUGCCGAAAAAAAGUCGGUAUUUUGCAGAAAAACAAAAAAACUGAUGCUUGCGGGUAUCGAACUCGCGACCUAAAAAUGAAAAAAAUCGCAGCGCACGCACUGCGCCAAGCUGUCAGGUCUAGCGCGGGGAGCUUCCAUCCGCCUUACCCUUGAGCCGUUUAAAUAGCACAGAUUGUCUAUUUCAAAAAGAAAAAAACUUGAAGUAAUUUAGCUAUUUUUUUAUCAGAAUAUGUUCGCAAAUCUUUACUCAAACGUUUCGUGGAAAUUCACUUCGAAAAAAACUGUUUUUUUCAGUGCUUUUUUUGCCUCUUUUUAACGAUCGCUGCCUUAAAACGGCCCCGUAAAUUUUUUUGGCAAAGACGAAUUUUUUUAUUUUAUUCUUUUUAAUUGAAAGAUUUUUUUUACUAAUAAAUGUAUAUAAUCGUUUGAAAAAAACCUGCGUUCGACCGCUUUCGGUGUGAUAAACGCCGCUAAUUUUAUUCUCUAGUUUCAAGAGCAUUUUUUUGCGUAUCACACAACUUUUUUUCAAGUACAUAUGCUGUGGAGAAAAAAAUUUAAGUAAGCCCAUGGUCUAAAUUUUGAAAAAAACAAAAAAACUCGAUUAUAUUCGCUUGUUAACGAUAUUUUUGAAUUAUGACUUUCGGCACUCCCUAAAAAUUUUUUUGGCAAAGACGAAUUUUUUUAUUUUAUUGUUUCAAAAUUACCGUUACUUGAAUCAAAAUCAUUAUAUAAAAAAAGAAAGAGUGCGUUCGACCUGAAAACACAUGAAAAAAAGCAAAAAAAUUACAAAAAUUUUUUUUAGUUCCAUUCACGUUUUUUUGUACGACAUUCCGCGAGAACGCAUCAAGAAAGCGUGAAAUAUUUUUUUAAAACGAAAGAGGAAGCUUUUUCUGUACAUGUGUGUCAAAUUUUAUUCGCCAGUUCCACAUAUUUUACAACUACAACAAAAUGAAAGUUGAAAACCAAAAAAAAGCCACUUUUUCUAUCGCGAAAAGGGGCGUGGCUUUGCGGUCCCUAAAUUUACUUUUACUUUUUUUUGUAUUUGGUUCUGGAAAUGCUCUAAUGAUUUAUUUUUGUGUGCUUCUUGACAGCGUUUUAAUAUCAGUUGAAUAUUUUUUUGAGUUUUUUCACUUUUUUUAAACUUUCAAUCGUCAUCCAGGUGUUUCUAUAGAAUGCGAGCUCGAAGCUUGGUUUUUUGUUCUUCUAGACUCUCAACAGCUAGGAACGUUGUUUAACAAAGAAAACUGUCAUUGCCUUUGAUGCUUUAACUGUUUUUACUUUUUUUUUUCCUACAAGAAAUUGAGGAAAUUUCAUUAUUUUAAACCUUUGACGUAUUCCUUUUUUCGCAGUGAUUUCACGCCUCUAUGGAAGUUAUUUUCGUAUGUUCAUAUGGCUUUGUAUUCAUGUGGCUGAAAUACCUUAUGAAAGUCCAAAUUUUCUAUUUUUGUUUCAAUAAGCGCCGCAUGCUACAAGUACAAGUUUUUUAUUUUUUUUUUAUUCUUUGUUUAUUUUUUACCUUUUUUCGGACUUCCUUUCUCUCCUCUUUAAAAUAUGAGAGAAACGAGUGUUUUCCGAAAUUUAGGAUAUAUAUCUAUGAGGUCACAAAAACAAUGUUUGAAAAUAUCAUUUGGUAAUGUUAUUAAUAGCUAACCAAGCUAACAUUUGUUUCCAAACUCGUUUUUUAACUUGCAAAUCAUGAAAAAUGAACCUAACUAAAAGUUUUUGUCAUAAAAUAUCUUUUUCGUUCGGCUUACUGUAGACCUCGUGCGAUUCGAGAACUACCCAACGCAGAAAGGGAGAAAAAAUGGAAAGAAAAACUUUCCCUAUCAAUCGCCCACUUUGUCCUUUGUCUCUUCCGAUCACCGCUCUCGGAUAUCUUAGGCGCCGUCAAAAUCUUUUUGCUUUCUCUUUUCGGAUGACGUCAAACGAUCUUUUGGCGGGUCAAAAUACUUCGAGAAAGUUUCAACCAAAGACGAAAACAUUUUUCGAAGCUUCCAAGGCUUUUCUCUCAAGGAAGAAAAAUCUUCGGCUAGAAGAGGCCGGUUCUGAGAUCGUUAAAACGUUAGUAUUACCAGUCUGCAAGUAUUUUUAAUUACUCAUUCAUCCGUUUUGAGUAUCUUUAUGCAACCGGUUGAACCAUAAAAGCUACUCGAAUAAUUUCUUUUUGGGGACCGAGUAGAGUAGGCUUUUAGGAACUGUUCAAAAUGUUCGAGAUGAAUAUAUAUCAUUUCGCCCGAGAAAAAGAAACUCUGUUGUCUACUUAAAUUUAAAAAAAUUUUAUAUUUUGACAUGUCCCCGUGUUUCAAUAAAAUAAAUGGAAAAUAAGUGAAUAAAAACAGGAAAAAGGUCAAAAGAUUGAUUUGAAGAAAAAAGGGAAAACAAUUGCGAUAUGAUCUCAUCAUUGUUUUUAUUUCAGCCCAAAAUGUGUAUGGAAUCGAGAAAACGAAGAAAAUUGAAGCGAUGAAUCGCGUCAAAAUGGAUAAGAAACAGUUGGAUCGGGUUGGUUUUUUGUACUUUAUUGAGUUUAUCCCCAGAUUUUUUUUUCAAUAAGACCUCAUUAUCUGAAUUUGUUCAAAACAAUAAAACGACUUCAGGUGCAACAACUGCACUACGGCUGGUACAUGCAGGCGGUGAGCGCCGUCCUUGGAUCCGUCGGCAAGCAGAUGUACAUGAAAAUGAAGAGGUAUCAGAGAAAAAUGAGCGAAAUGACGUCAAUUAUUUAUAACGUUCUUCCUUCGGGAAAUUUCGCAAAAUAGGUUUCUAAGUUAUUUUGACUAGAGGUUGGAAAAAGCAGCAGCUUCUCAGAAAAGCAUUUCCUUCACAAUAAUGAAUUAUUAAAAAUAGAAGGCCGUCCGGUCGUCGCCCUAAAAAGAUUUAUGUCUUUUUCACGCCCUGAAAUUUAUUUAUCCGUUGGGCGCAAAAGUAGAGCUUCUCGCAGCUAUUUUAUGUUUUUUUCUUAAUUUAGUAAGUAUUCAUGACUUUUCAUGUUUUAAAAUUUGACAAUAUUGAAAAUAUACUCCUCGUUAAUCAAAACAACCGUUUUCAGCAGCUCUUGUCAAUUACUUAACAUAAAUAUAUUUAGACUUAUAGUUUUUCGAAAAUUUUGAUUAAGCCGGUCAAGAGAUGAACGCCACAAGGCUAAAAUUAAGCUGGAUUUCCGCAUUUUUGGCGCCUAUGUCGUCUGUAUAAAAUCCUUGAAACAAUGGGUCGUUAAUCACGAAUCCAAAGCGCAGGAAAGUCGUAAAAAGCGACGACGAUUAGGGUGAAGGGGCAUCACAAGUGAUACACGCAAAAAGAUGGACGAUGAUCGAAAACGACGCUUAUUUCCCAUGUUUUUUUUUCAGAGAUGAAAGAAGGGCGUUCGUCGCCUGUCUCGACGCCAUCGAGGCCGAACACAACGUCAAAGCCGCCGCCAAUUGUCUCGUUCACGCUUUCGAUGGGAAAUUGGUAGAGUCUUUGUCAUUUCGAAAGGUUCACACAAAGUCAAAGUAGUGGAUCGUGAUAGUGAAUCCCAUUUGAAGCUCCAAAAUAUAAAUAAGAAAAUUUUCUGCGAAUAAUACUUCGUUUCUCAUUAGAAUUAUUGACUCCACUGAAGUUUUCUUAGUUUUCAGGUCGAAUCCUUUCCCCAAGCUUUGAACGACCCGAAACUCGAGUUCGUCACCGACGAAACGGACGCCGUGAUGCCGGCCUCCAAAUCUGAACUCAAAACUAUCAAAAAGACGAAAAUGAAGAAAAAAAUCAUCAAGAAAGCCGUUACUGGAAAGUUGAAGAAAAGUAUCGACAAGAUCAAAAAAAGGGUCAAGAAAUACAACGGACGUCGAAAGUCGAUGAGGUUUUGAUCAUUUCAGAACCUGAGAAGAAGGAUUGUUUCAGGAAGAUGUUGGUUACUCACAACGGUGUCAAGAAGGCGCGCAGCCAGGAAAUGGAGUUCAGAAGAAGAAAACGCAACGUUUUGUCCUUGUACAGUAAUGUUAGGAGAGAAAAGUUAUUCAAAAAUUAUUGGUACUUUCAGAAAGAAGCUGCAGAAGAAGCGAAGAGAGUUGAUAACGCCGACCGGCCCUUCAAAAUCAAGAAUAUGGACACGUUCGAACUGAAAUCGGCGAAUCCUUCACCGGUCAAAGUAAUCCACCAUUUCUUGGCCAAGAGUUGGAUCAAAGAAGCUUUCAGACCAUUACCAAACUCAUCAACACCGUCGUUCGCAAUGGAACUUCCGCCUUGGCAAUGAAUGCGUCAUAUAUGAGAUUGAGACAGGUUUUCGUGUACCUUUCCGAUCAAGUUCUCAACUGGGGAUUUCAGCUUCAAGGAAAAGUCGAAGAAGCCAAGAAGGAGCAGAAUUUCAAGCAUCGUAUGCUGGAUAUGGUUAUUGGGAAGAAAAAUCCGCUCAGAAGGAACAAGUCCUUCACUGACAGGUAAAGCUACCUUCGAUUAAAAAGCCGCGAAGUUCAACAAAAUAAGCAAAAGAAAAGUUAGGAAAAUUCCGAAAAAUGGCUUUUUCGCUUUGAAUAAACGUUUAAGCUGAAAUAUUUUCUUUUUAAAACUCCAGCUGACUAAUUGUGAAUAGACUAGAAAGAGAAAAAAGGAAAAAACAUCGAAUUUGGAUGUUUCGGCCUGCAUCUCCUUUAGAGGUUUUUAAAGUUUCAAGUUGGAUACAUGCAUCUCUAUUUCUCAAAAAUAUUACUUUUGUUAUCCUCAUUCUUUUUUCAACUGUCGCGUCGCUCAGAAUGCGCGAUAUCGUCCCGACGGGGAGCGUGGACGAGUCGGUCUACGGCCUGGUGGACGCAGUGAGUCGCCACGAAAAGGACAUCAACUCCAACUUCCUCUCGCCCCGCUUCCUCCCGCUGAUGCCCGACAAGUACAACACCAAGAAGUUGCUCUCCUUUCCCUCCUCUGUGACGUUUUUGAAAUUCGUACAGAAAGAUUCUCUCUCCGAAUCUGUUCCCCAUGUACAAGGACGACACUGACAACAGCAUCCUGCCUCUGCCCAAUGUCUUGGAAGCGACUGGAAUGACCGAGUCCGACAGGGACACGGUUCUCGAACUCGUCAUGGAUGUGUCUGGUUCGCUUCUUCACACUUCGUCCGAUGAAAUCACUUUUGUUUUUGAGAAAUCAUAAGGCGCAUUCAUCCGAUUUAGUGAUCUUCAGCGUUUUUUGGAGAAAAAAAAUAUGUUUGAAAAGUUUUAUUUUUUCUAUAGGAGUAAACCAAGUUGUGGAUGGCGCCUUGGGUCUGAUGGGAGAUCUGAAAGCGGCCGGACUCGACAAAGACCUUUUCGACAUCACUAAAGUCAUGGACGGCGUUUGUUAUUCCUACUUGGCAUUUCCAGAAGUUUCUUUUUCAGCUGUUCGGCGACAUUGGCAACAGCUUCUCCAAAGAACAGAAACUGGAAAUGGCCAAUCGGAAGUUCACCUAUUUGAACAAAAACCAGCUGGGAAAGCUCUAUGGGGAUGACGGCCUGUACAACACUUCGGUGACGGAGUUGCCUUUCGACGUCAAUGAGGUCGAAGCUCUGAGCCCCGAGGAGAAGCACGAGUCGAUGCGGUAGCGAUGAGAAGAGAAAUUCAUAUUCAAACUUCUAACUUCAGAAUGACGGUGAGGCAAAUCGCACAAGGAAAGGGAGCGACUCAGCUGCCGAGCCGAAGGAAAAGACAGACUACGAUCACUCUUCUCGAUGGAGCGUACAAAGUUGUCUUCCUCAACCCGACUUUGUUCUCGCCCCAGGCUUUUGCUCCCACUAUCAAUCAGGUUUGCGAGGAAAAUUGGGAAAAGAUAUUGAUUAUGUAUCGAGCAAUCUUAGUUAUGUUUAUGAAUAAAUGUAUAUGAGAAAUGACUGGAAAGUGAAGAGAAAAGCUCAAAAAAAGCUGUUCAAUGUCAUUUUUCAGCUCUCCGUUCUGGGUCCUCUCGUCAUCUCUCCACAGCUGUUCUGCCCUAGUGUCCUCUCACCGCUUCUGAUGUCUCUUCCUGUUAUUUCGCCUCAGGUAAAAAUAUCUGAAAAUCUUUCAUAAAGACGUCAUCAUGGAAAGCCUCACAGUACGAUCAAAUUGAAAAAAAAAAUACAAAAGGUAUCUUUUCGUAAGUGAUUACCGAUUAGGCAACGAAUAUUUUCGUUCAAUUGCUCAACUUCUUCGAACCUAAGGUCGGCAACCCGCUGAUCUUCUCGCCGUACGUCGUCGGUCCCAACGUGAUGUCGGCCGCCGUGUUCAACGCCUACGUCUUCUCGCCGUACGUCCUCUCGCCCAACGUCAUCAACCCCUACGUGCUCUCGCCGCUGAUCCUCAGCCCCUUCGUCCUCUGUCCCGACGUCGUCUCGCCGACAAUUCUGUCUGGAGUCGUCCUGUCGCCGUCCGUCUUGUCCCCGUCGAUCUUCACCGACUCCGCCUUGGCCGCCAACGUUCUUUCUCCAACUUUCUUGUCUUAA